AAACAACUUCCCGAAAAGGACUAGUCUCAGACCUUGCCGAGCCAGCCCAGCAAAUGUUGCUGGCCCAGGACAACAACAAUCGAUUGGAGGGGCCGACCAGAAGGCGGCGAAGGAUUGCGCCCGCCAGGGCAUCUGAACAGAUUUAAUGCCCGCACAGAUUGCGCAUCCCGUUCCCGGAGACGGUAUCGCAGAAUGGUUGACUAUGUUUACUCGGUGAUCCCUUUAUCAUCUUUCCCCAUCUCUCGCCAUCUUUUGACCAUACUUUCACUGUUCCUUGCCUCUUUACCUCAUCUCCCUCAUUUCCCCCACUUGCCCCUUGUUUCUAUCUUCCCUUUUCCUUUUUCCCUUUUGCGACCCGCUUCAUUUGCCCAGCCCUGGUCUGCAGGUCAUCCAGCUCCCCCACUGGGUCUCCCAUCGACCGCGAUCAGGCACCUCAGAAGGCGUUCAUCACAUUCUGAAAGACGCAUAUUCGCAUCCAGCCUGGUCAAUCCCUCUUUAGCGUGGAGCCGAGUUACUGUACAGCCCUGUUUGUGUGAACACGUCCGGCUUUCGGCUAAUACGAUUUCUGCCGGAGCUAUGCUGUCCGCCUUUAUGCCACGUUAUCCCUACCAUAUUACCAGUGUUAAAAGGGGACAAAGCAUGGGCACAGUAGCUCUGACCCUGAAGGUCUCCAAUAUAUUGGCCGAGAGCUCAUCCAAAGUAUGGUCUCGAGCAAACCAGCCACUACCUUAGAUUGCUGAUGUUGCUUCAAAUAGCUCGCAUAAUCCCACCAUAAUCCGAAGUAUUAAUAGCCAGCCAGCAAUUCAGUGACACUCAA